GCCCGUGUUGACAUGUGUGGGGGCGGGGCGAUAGUGGACCAUGGCGAGGCAGUGAGGAGCAGAGUGACCUAACUAACCCCAUAAAACACCCAAGAAGAAGAAGAAGAAGAGCAGAGUGUAUCAAUAAACAGAGGAGAGGACCCAGAGGAGGACCUACGAAGCGAUACAGGUCAAAAGAAGAGAAGGAAGGAGGAGCACGGGGAGGCUGGGACGUACUGCAUAAGAGUGACUUCCCAAGCACUCCAGCCAAGCACUGAACGGCAUCCUGCAUAAGAAGAACAUAGGGAGACUGCAAAAGGCCCACCCCACCCGAGAGGCAUAGCAUUAUAUUACAAACCCAGCGCCCACCCCAGAGGCAUAGCACCAUAUUUCAAACCCAGCGCCCACCCCAGAGGCACAGCACCAUAUUUCAAACCCAGCGCCCACCCCAGAGGCACAGCACCAUAUUUCAAACCCAGCGCCCACCCCAGAGGCACAGCAUUAUAUUACAAACAGUCCUGAGCAGCCUGUACCUUGGGGGCUCAAAGGCCGUGCUUACAUGGCCUGCCCAGCCCCCUGAAACACUGAAGAAGUAAUAUAUUUUUUUUUUUACGGCACAGAGUAACUCCAGGGCAACAAAAAGAUGUAAAAAAAAGCCACCUAAAGAAAACCCGCUAAGAAAAAGCCCACUAAAAAAAGUCCCCUAAGAAAAGCCCAGUAAAGAAAAGCCCGCUAAAAAAGAGCCUGCUAAGAAAAAGCCCGCUAAAAAAAAGCCCUCUGAAAACAAGCCACAUGGAAACUAACUCAUAGAUGAAGCCUAGUAAUUAAGGAAGACCAAGGAGAUAACCUGAAAGUAAUUCAAAGUGUCUGAGGCCUUAAUAAGAUCUCUCGUGCCAUCUGUCACAGCUCAUUGAAUGCCAGUUUUAUCACUGUGUGGGUGAAGUACCAAGUAAGGCUCUCGUGAUCACCGAGACAUGUGAGGAACAAGAGACAGUUUGGGUCUUUUUAUGACAAAUUUGUGAUUUGCCAAGAGGGUAAAAAAAAAUGGAUAAACUAACAAUAAUCUCGGGAGCUUUGUUCCUGGCGGCAGACAUCUUCGCCGUUGUAAGCCUUGCGAUGCCGGACUGGAUAGUGUCAGACAUAGGAGGAGAUACUCGGCUAGGACUCCUCUGGACAUGUGAGACUCUGUACAACAGGUCCCAGGUAUGCUAUGCUACUUCACUAGGAGGAGCCUGGCUGGUGACAUUGGGCUGUGUGCUGCUUGGAUGUCUGUGUGUCACUGCGACCAUAAUACUGCUGGCACUCUCCCACUGCCGCCUCAGCACCAGCAUCAUGACUUAUGCCCGCUGGGUGGGGUUUACUGCUAUGGUGCUGUUUUGUCUUGCUGCUGUGGUCUUUCCCAUGGGAUUUUAUGUUGAAGAAAUUGGGGGUGAACCAUACCAGCUCCCCAACAGCUUCCAGGUUGGCUACUCGUACAUUUUCUUUGUGCUGGCGCUCUGGAUGACUGUAGUCUCCGAGCUGUUUGCAGGAAAGGUCUGCCUCCCACACUUCUAGAAGAAAGAAGUUUCUUCUUCAGAUCCUGUUAUGAGUUCCUGUCUUCAGCAACUCACCCCAAAUCUUGGAAUAGGUAUGGUUUUAGCAGGGAGAGAGUAGGUGUGUGGUGAGUGACUAAAUUUGCUUGGAAGGAAUGGUACAUUUCAUGAUUUUUUCAAACUAUUAAACGACUGUAUAGAAUAGAAAAUAAUAUAUAUAAUUGUGCAUACACAUGACAACUUUCUCUUAGUGCGACAGCAUAAUGAUGCACUAAAAGUAACUUGUAUUGUCUCACUGUUUUUGUUGUCUGCUCAUCCCUUACCUGAUUGAGAUGCUACAUGUUUACCAUCAGUGUACAUUGCUGUCAUACUUAAUAUUCAAAUUUCUAAUUAUGCUGCUGUAUCCAUUUAUUGGUUCAGGAGCACUAAUUCAUCAUUAGGCACCAUGGCCUCCAUGGCAUAGUGGUUAGCAUGCCUGUAUGUCUGUGGGCCUGUAUUCAAUCCCAGUUUGGGCAAUAGGCACCCAGGCUAUUCGCUGUUUGUCCACUCAAUCCAUUUGGGUUGGUUGAUAAAUAGGUACCUGGGGAACUUGGAAAACAUAAAAAAUAUUGCUGUCUCUGGAAAACCGGACGGCACACCGGCCCUGUGCCACUACAGGGUCAAAAGCUAGUGUGGCGGAGAUGAGCACAGAGACCACACACAGCUUAAUGUAUGCCCACAAAGGAAAAGAGCAGUAACAGCAUGGAUGUAAUGCACAAGCUGAAUAUUUUCCUUUCAAUGGGUAAUUUCUUCUAGUCAUGAUAAGGAAACCACUCAGGGUAUGAAAAUUUUUAUUCCACUCCUCAAAAUCAUUGCAACAAAUGAUGUGGUGUCAUAGCUUUUAAUGUUACACAUUUUUUUCACCUUACUCUUGUGGAUGGAAUAUAUCUGGCCAGCCAAUAAAAAGACCAAUCCAAAAAAAAUUAUUAAAAUUACAAUAAUCUGACUGGUAAAAUUUCAAAUGCCAGCACAGCAGUGCUGUUUACUUUCGGCUGCCGACACCGCACCAAUACAAUAGCACUGCAACCCUUGCAAAGGGCAUCCCCGCUCUAUAACUGAACAACUGAACCUUGCCUUCAGUUCAAUUGCACUCUCCCAUUGUUUGUGGAAACUACUGCAUGCUGUAACUAUACUACAGAUAAUAAUUUAGCUCAACCAUGAGUAUUCCAAUACACCUGUCACCUCUUCUUCGCAGGGGUUAGGGGACAUGGACACCUACAAAUAGCAAAUUUCUGUAAAUGUCUGACAUGCCCCCCUCAAAAAAAGCCUCUAGACCUGCAAAUAUAACACUGAGCAAUUUUAUACCAAUUAAAGCAUCUCCGUUAAUUGAAAGCAGCAUAAAAUAUAAAUAGCAUCAUUCAUCAGCCGUACAUUCUCUGAACUGUACUGCAAUGCAUGCUUCUUAUAAAUAUGUAGUCAUUAAAAUCUCAUUUUACUGUUGGGUACUCACCACAAAGUCUCUGCAAUUUAAUUUUUCAACUUAGGAUUUUUGAGCAUUAAUACCAUGCCAAUUAUUUACUAAUGAAUGCUUUUUUCUAUGAAAAUAAAGUACUGAAAAUAUGAAACCGAAAAUAAAAAUGAGUAACUACAAGCAUCUGUUCAACUGAUAACCUUCAACAAACAGACAAUGUGUUGGUGUGGUGAUAGGCCUUACUUACAUGGGCAAGUAGAGAGGCAAGUCAAAUGUGCAAGUAGCCAGCUCUCAUUUAUGCAAGGUAAGUAAUUUUGGCAAGUGCUGUAUGCACAUAGCAAGUGAUUUGAGGAAGUAGCCUCCUAGUCUGUGCUGUGUUUGGCCCUUACAUGUAUACCCCUCAACCACCUUGCAGGUAUUUUUGAAAGUAUUUAACACAACAAUUAGGAAUAACUAAAAAGUGUGUUUUUCUUCACAAUGGCUGUCCUGCAACUGAGCUUGAGAGAGAUAUGACCAAGGAUGUGUUCACACAAGCCAAGUAAGUGGCAGUUAGCUUGCCAGUGAUGGGCAGGGGGGAAUUACCUCAAAAUAGAACUGCUGGCUAUUCAUUUGCCUUGCCCUGCAGCUUGCCUCUUACAUGACUAGCCAGGUAUUCUCGGCAAGUAUGUGUCUACACAUGGAAAGUACUAACUUGUAGCAAGUUACUUGCACAUUUGACUUGCCUCUCUCCUUGCCAGGUGUAAAUGAGUCCUUGCCGUCUCAGCAGCCCUACCACCGUGCCAACACCAUCUGUUUCAGACUUUGUAGUAAUGAUUUUAUUAUUACCUGAUUUUUGUAGAAAACUGCAUUCAUAGUAUAUAUUUUGCAUGAUAUACUAUGCUUAGUUACCACACUGAAAAAGAAAAUUGCAGACACUUUGUGGUGACUAUCUACCAGUGAAGUGAGAUUUAAAUGACUAUGUAUUUGUAAGAUUUACAUAAAUACAGCACAGUUUAUAGUAUGUAUAGCUGAUUUUUUAUGCUGCUUCAUGUAUGCAUACAUCACCCUCUCUGCGAAUAAAACCUACAGAUGAAA